GAAAUGAAAAAUCAAUGACAAGAUUGAAACUCAGCUGAUUGUAAUAAUCUUUUGUUUUAAUUGACGAUUAAUUUUAAGUUUCUUUUAUUUGAUUUACCAGUAAUUAAAUUUUCUCUGUUACCAAAGAUAAUCAAACAAUCAAAUUAAGAUGCCGAGGGUUAUGAUAAAAGGAGGUGUUUGGAGAAACACUGAGGAUGAAAUUCUUAAAGCUGCUGUAAUGAAAUAUGGAAAAAAUCAAUGGUCUAGAAUUGCUUCACUUCUUCACCGUAAAUCAGCUAAACAAUGUAAAGCUCGUUGGUAUGAAUGGUUGGAUCCUAGUAUUAAGAAGACAGAAUGGUCAAGGGAAGAGGAAGAGAAACUUCUUCAUAUGGCUAAACUUAUGCCAACCCAAUGGAGGACUAUUGCUACUAUUGUCGGUAGAACAGCUUCUCAAUGUUUGGAACAUUAUGAAUAUUUGCUUGAUCAAGCUCAGAAGAAAGAUGAAGGUGACCCUACUGAUGACCCAAGGAAACUUAGACCUGGAGAGAUUGACCCCAAUCCGGAGACCAAACCAGCUCGACCCGAUCCAAAGGAUAUGGAUGAAGAUGAAUUGGAAAUGUUAAGUGAAGCAAGAGCUCGUUUAGCCAAUACCCAGGGUAAAAAAGCUAAAAGAAAAGCUCGUGAGAAACAGUUGGAAGAGGCUCGUCGUUUAGCAUCAUUACAGAAGAGACGUGAACUUCGAAUGGCGGGGAUUUACUUGGGCUCAGGUGGCCGUCGAAAGAAAAAAGGAAUCGAUUACAAUACUGAGAUUCCUUUUGAAGCGCCAGUUCCAGAAGGUAUUCAUGAUAUUUCCAGUGAAGUUUAUGUACCAGCUAAUCAUGACUUCAAGAGAUUAAGACAACAACAUCUUGAUGGUGAAUCGAGAACUGAACGAGAAGAAAAAGAACGAAAAAAGGACAAAGAAAAGCUCAAGAAACGUAAAGAAAACGACGCUCCACUUGCCAUUACCGCUGAUGAUACACCAAGAAAACGAAGUAAAUUAGUUUUACCUGAACCCCAAAUAUCUGACGUUGAAUUGGAACAAGUUGUUAAAUUAGGAAAAGCUAGUCUAACUGUUAAGGAGAUUGCUGAAGAAUCUGGUAACGAAGCAUCAGAAGCUCUAUUAGCUGAUUAUUCAGUAACUUCUUCUCCAGCAAUCGCUGCCGCUAGAACCCCAAAAGUUGCAUCAAUGAGCAGAGAAACGAUUCUAAUGGAAGCUCAAAAUCUUAUGGCUCUUUCCAAUGUCGAAACACCAUUGAAAGGAGGUCUUAACACUCCGUUACAUGAGAUUGAGACUCCUCUUGGUGGACCGAAAACACCAGUUUCGGCUACACCAAACACAAUGAUAGUGACUCCAUUCCGAACCCCGGGUAGUGCCGCUGGUGGAGGAUCAACUGGUCAAACACCGAGUGCCAAUGAAUCUUUCAACACACCUCGAUCAACUAGAAGUGAAUCAUUCAGAGAUCAUUCAGUUAACACUACACCUUUACGUGAUAAGCUCAACAUUAAUCCAGAAGAAUCAUUAAGCUUUGAAAGUGGAUUAGCAGUGAAACUUUAUGAGAAAGAUCAACGUGAAAGUUUAAAGAGACAACUUUCUGAACUUCCAACACCAAAGAAAGAUUUUGAAAUAGUCCUUUCCGAAGAUGAGAUGAACUUAAUUAACAAAGAUGACAAAGAUGAUAAAGAAACUGAAUCAAUGAUUUCAGAAGAUCAAGCAGAUAUUGAUGCUCGUCGUGAAGCCCAACUAAUCGCAGACAUGGAAGCUCAUCUCUCCCGACAAACCCAAUCAGUUCAACGUAGUUUACCUCGACCAACGGAAAUAAAUCAACACUUUGUCCGAACUUUACCUGCAACAAGUACUGAUCUACAAAAGGCCGAAGAAUUAAUUAACCAAGAAGUUCUAACUCUCCUUCACUAUGAUUCAAUAAAUAAUCCAACUGAUGCACAAAUAUUAUCCUCAAGUAUUAAAGCUAAAGCGGGAAGUGUCCACAAUAUAAGCGCUAAUUAUUUAGAAAAAUUUCCCUAUCAAGAGUUUGAAGAUGAAGAGAUUGCCGUUGCAAGGGAAGUACUUCAAGAGGAAAUGUACCAAGUUCGAGAGGAAAGUGGCCAUGGAGAAAUAUCUGAUGAGAAUUACCAACAAAUGUGGGACGAGUGUUACUCUAAAUUAUUGUAUCUUCCCUCGUCCAGUGCUUAUGUACGUGCCGAUAGACGAGAUAUAACCAAAAAGGAUAGAAUUGAAUCAUAUGAGAAACAAUUAGAAAUGAAUCGUAAUCUAAUGACCAAAGAUGCUCAAAAAGCAAGUAAAAUGGAAAAAAAGUUGAAAAUUUUACUCGGCGGGUACCAAUCUCGAGCUCAAGGUUUAACGAAACAAUUUCAAGAGACUGUCGAGCAAAUUGAAGCGACUCGAAUUGAAUUGGAAACUUUUAGGAUGUUAAAAGAUCACGAAGACAUUGCCAUUCAGAAAAGGAUCCUCUCGAUCACGGAGGAUGUCACCCGUCAAGAGAAACGAGAGAAAUCACUACAAGAAAGAUACGCUCAAUUAUUGAGGGCUAAAAGUGAAUUAAAGACCAGCAAUUAAAUGACAGAGAAUGGAAACUUUAAUAUCUCAUCAAUCUUAUAAUUCUUUUGAUUUUGUUUGGAUGUACAUACGAAAAUUGAGCAGAAUUAAAAAAGAAAGAAAAAGGCCA